CCUGCGCUUGGGUUUUGCACCUUAAAACCCCUUUCAGGAUUUAGGUGUGGUUUUCCCACGGUGUUUACUGACAACAGCUCCUGCAGGUGGGAAGCAAGCGGGGUGGGUCACCUGUACUCGCCAGGCUGCCUGUAUCGGGGCACGGUGCGCGCUGCCCAGAACGGCGUUAUUCUGUUGACACGACUCGCGUUGCAAUUAAACAUUAAAUUGAUGCUGUAACAUCUUGUGCAUCUCCCACCCCGCUUCUCUAGCUUGCGUUUAAACAACCUCUUCAUCAAAUGCAGCUCCUCCGUCGUUCCUCAGCACCCGGGCUUGGGAUUUUUGGUUGUUGAGGGUUUUGCCGCCGUUGUUCAAGGAGGGUGAAGAAUGGAUUCUCUGGACCACAUGCUCACAGACCCCCUGGAGCUGGGACCCUGCGGGGACGGAAAUGGCACGCGUAUCAUGGAGGACUGCAUGCUGGGCAGCACCAGGGUUAGCCUGCCUGAGGACCUUCUGGAGGACCCCGAGAUCUUCUUUGAAGUUGUCAGCCUGUCUACCUGGCAGGAGGUGCUGACAGAUGCUCAGCAAGACCACCUAAAAAAAUUCCUGCCUCACUUCCCGGAAAACAACCGAGAGCAUCAGAACAAACUCAUCUCUGCAUUGUUCAGCGGUGAAAACUUCCGUUUUGGAAAUCCACUGCACAUUGCCCAGAAACUCUUCCGGGAUGGACACUUCAAUCCUGAAGUCGUCAAAUACCGGCAGCUCUGUUUUAAGUCCCAGUACAAACGCUACCUGAGCUCUCAGCAGCAGUACUUCUACCGACUGCUCAAGCAGAUCCUCGCUUCCCGCAACUACUUGCUGGAUUUAGCGAGGAAAGGAGGCCCUGAUAUGACCCUGAGGAGGAAGCACUUCUCGACGACGUACGACACAGAAGAAAGAGACAGACGGACACAUCGGCGCUACCUGAAGAUUCUGAGGGAAGUGAAAGAGGAGUGUGGAGAUACUACCUUGUCUUCUGAUGAAGAAGAUUUAAGCUCCUGGCCUCCAAGUUCUCCAGCACGUUGUCCGAGUCCACCCAUUCCCCUGAGAGUGAUCCCCACAUUGUCAACCUCAGACAUGAAAACAGCAG